UCUGCGUCUGCGUCUGCGUCUUGGUCUGCGUCUGCGUCUGCGUCUGCGUCUGCGUCUGCGUCUUCGUCUUCGUCUUCGUCUUCGUCUUCGUCUUGGACUUGGUCUUGGUUUGCGUCUGCGUCUGCGUCUGCGUCUGUGUCUGCAUCUGCGUCUGCGCCUGCGCCUGCGCCUGCGCCAGCACCUGCGCCUGCGUCAUCGUCUGCGUCUGCGUCGGCGCCUGUGCCUGCGCUUUCGUCUGCGUCUGUGCCUGCGUCUGCGUCUUCGUCUGCGCCUUCGUCUGCGUCUGCGUCUGCGUCUGCGUCUUGGUCUUCUGCGCCUGCGUCAUCGUCUGCGUCUGCGUCUGCGUCUGCGUCUGCGUCUGCGUCUUGGUCUUGGUCUUGGUCUGCGUCAGCGUCUGCGUCUGCGUCUGCGUCUGCGUCUGCGUCUGCGUCUGCGUCUGCGUCUGCGUCUGCAUCUUGGUCUUGUUCAGCAUCUGCGUCUGCAUCUGCGUCUGCGUCUGCGUCUGCGUCUGCGUCUGCGUCUGCGUCUGCGUCUGUGUCUUGGUCUGCGUCUUCGUCUUCGUCUUGGUCUGCGUCUGCGUCUGCGUCUGUGUCUGCGUCUGCGUCUGCGUCUGCGUCUGCGUCUGCAUCUGCGUCUUCAUCUUCAUCUUCGUCUGCGUCUGUGUCUUCGUCUGCGCCUGCGCCUGCGGCUGAGCCUGCGCCUGCGCCUGCGCUUGCGUCUGCAUCAUCGUCUGCGUCUGCGUCUGUGUCUGCGUCUGCGUCUGCAUCUGCGUCUUCGUCUGCGCCUGCACCUUCGUCUGCGUCUGCGUCACCGUCUGUGUCUGCAUCUUCGUCUGCUUCUGCUUCUGCGUCUGCGUCUGCGUCUGCGUCUUCAUCUGCGCCUGCACCUUCGUCUGCGCCUGCGCCUGCGUCUGCUUCUGCGCCUGCGUCUGCGCCUGCGCCUGCGCCUGCGUCUUCGUCUGCGUCUGCAUCUUCGUCUGCGUCUGUGUCUGCGGCUGCGUCUGCAUCUGCAUCUGCAUCUUCGUCUGCGUCUCCGUCUGCAUCUGCGUCUGCGUCUGCGCCUGCACCUUUGUCUGUGUCUGCGUCUGCGUCUGCGUCUGUGUCUGCGUCUGCGUCUCCGUCUGCGUCUGCGUCUGCGUCUGCGUCUGCGUCUGCUUCUUCGUCUGCGCCUGCGCCUGCAUCAUCGUCUCCAUCUGCGUCUGCGUCUGCGUCUGCGCCUGCAUCAUCGUCUGCGUCUGCGUCUGCACCUUCGUCUGCGCCUACGCCUGCGCCUGCACCUGCGCCUGCGCCUGCGCGUGUGUCUGCGUCUGCGUCUGCGUCUGCGUCUGCGUCUGCGUCAUGGUCUGCGUCUGCGUCUGCGUCAGCGCCUGCACCUUCGUCUGCGCCUGCGCCUGCGUCUGCGUCUUUUUCUGAGUCUGCAUUUGCGUCUGCAUCUUUGUCUUCGUCUGCGUCUGCGUCUGCGUCUGCGUCUGCGUCUGCGUCUGCGUCUGCGUCUGCGUCUGCGUCUGUGUCUUGGUCUGCGUCUGAGUCUGCAUCUGCGUCUGCGUCUGCAUCUUCGUUUGCGUCUCCGUUUGCCUCUUGGUUGUGGUCUGCGUCUGCGUCUGCGUCUGGGUCUGCGUCUUCGUCUGCGUCUGGGUCUUGGUCUGCGUCUGCGUCUGCGUCUGCGUCUGCGUCUGCGUCUGCGUCUGCGUCUGCGUCUGCGUCUGUGUCUUGGUCUGCGUCUUCGUCUUGGUCUUGGUCUGCGUCUGCGUCUGUGUCUGCAUCUGCGUCUGCGUCUGAGUCUGCGUCUUCAUCUUCGUCUUCGUCUGCGUCUGUGUCUUCGUCUGCGCCUGCGCCUGCGCCUGCGCCUGCGGCUGAGCCUGCGCCUGCGCCUGCGCUUGCGUCUGCAUCAUCGUCUGCGUCUGCGUCUGUGUCUGCGUCUGCGUCUGCAUCUGCGUCUUCGUCUGCGCCUGCACCUUCAUCUUUGUCUGUGUCACAGUCUGUGUCUGCAUCUGCGUCUGCUUCUGCUUCUGCUUCUGCGUCUGUGUCUGCAUCUGCGUCUUCGUCUGCGCCUGCACCUUCGUCUGCGCCUGCGUCUGCGUCUGUGCCUGCAUCUGCGCCUGCGCCUGCGCCUGCGCCUGCGCCUGCGUCUUCGUCUGCGUCUGCGUCUGCAUCUUCGUCUGCGUCUGUGUCUGCGUCUGCGUCUGCGUCUGCGUCUGCGUCUGCGUCUGCGUCUGCGUCUGCGUCUGCGUCUUCGUCUGCGCCUGCACCUUCGUCUGCGCCUGCGUCUGCGUCUGCGCCUGCAUCUGCGCCUGUGCCUGCGCCUGCGCCUGCGCCUGCGCCUGCGUCUUCGUCUGCGUCGGCGUCUGCAUCUUCGUCUGCGUCUGUGUCUGCGUCUGCGUCUGCGUCUGCGUCUGCGUCUGCGUCUGCGCCUGCGCCUGCGCCUGCGCCUGCGCCUGCGCCUGCGCCUGCGCCUGCGCCUGCACUUGCGUCUGCAUCUGCAUCUGCAUCUGCAUCUGCAUCUGCGUCUGCGACUGCGUCUGCGUCUGCGUCUGCGUCUGCGUCUGCGUCUGCGUCUGCGUCUUGGUCUGCGUCUGUGUCUGUGCCUGCGUCUUCAUCUGCGUCUGCGUCUGCGUCUGCGUCUGCGUCUGUGUCUUGGUCUGAGUCUUCAUCUUGAUCUGCGUCUGCGUCUGCGUCUGCGUCUUCGUCUUCGUUGUGGUCUGCAUCUGCCUCUGCGUCUGCGCCUGCACCUUCGUCUGCGUCUGCAUCUGCGCCUGUGCCUGCGUCUAUGCCUGCGCCUGCGCCUGCGCCAGCGCCUGUGCCUGUGCCUGUGCCUGCACUUGCGUCUGCAUCUGCGCCUGCGUCUACUUCUGCGUUUGCGUCUGCGUCUGCGUCUGCGUCUGCGUCUUGGUCUUCGUCUGCGUCUGCGUCUGCAUCUGCGCCUGCGCCUGCGCCUGCGCCUGAGCCUGAACUUGCGUCUGCGUCUGCGUCUGCAUCUGCGUCUGCGUCUGCGCCUGCACCUUUGUCUGUGUCUGCGUCAUCGUCAUCGUCUGCGUCUGCGUCUGCUUCUUCGUCUGCGCCUGCGCCGUCUGCAUCUGCGUCUGCGUCUGCGUCUGCGUCUGCGUCUUCGUCUGCGCCUGCGCCUUCGUCUGCGUCUGCGUCAUCGUCUGCGCCUGCGUCUGUGUCUGCGUCUGCUUCUGCGCCUGCGCCUGCGCCUUGUUCUGCGUCUGCGUCUGCGUCUGCGUCUGCGUCUGCGUCUGCGUCUGCGUCUGCGUCUGCGUCUGCGUCUGCUCCUUCUGCGUCUGCGUCUGCGUCUGCGUCUGCACCUUCGUCUGCGCCUGCGUCUGCGUCUGCACCUUCGUCUGCGCCUGCGCCUGCGCCUUGUUCUGCGUCUGCGUCUGCGUCUGCGUCUGCGUCUGCGUCUGCGUCUGCGUCUGCGUCUGCGUCUGCGUCUUCGUCUGCGCCAUCUGCGUCUGCGUCUGCGUCUGCGUCUGCGUCUGCGUCUGCGUCUGCGUCUUGGUCUGCGUCUGCGUCUGCGUCUGCGUCUGCGUCUGCGUCUGCGUCUGCGUCUGCGUCUUGUUCUGCGUCUGCGUCUGCGUCUGCGUCUUGGUCUGCGUCUGCGUCUGCGUCUGCGUCUGCGUCUGCGUCUGCGUCUUCGUCUUCGUCUUCGUCUUCGUCUUCGUCUUGGACUUGGUCUUGGUUUGCGUCUGCGUCUGCGUCUGCGUCUGUGUCUGCAUCUGCGUCUGCGUCUGCGCCUGCGCCUGCGCCAGCACCUGCGCCUGCGUCAUCGUCUGCGUCUGCGUCGGCGCCUGUGCCUGCGCUUUCGUCUGCGUCUGUGCCUGCGUCUGCGUCUUCGUCUGCGCCUUCGUCUGCGUCUGCGUCUGCGUCUGCGUCUUGGUCUUGGUCUGCA